AUGCUUAGAACCAUCCAAAAAGUAGCCCGUCCCUGUGUGCGUUAUUAUUCAUCGGAAGCCGCACCUCUGGGUAUGGGAUUCUCCCUGACAGAGGAACAGAAAUCGAUUCAACAAAUGGCUCGUAAAUUCACACGUGAAGAGAUCAUUCCUGUUGCUGCUGAACAUGACAUUACUGGCAAAUACCCUACUGAGAUCAUCAAGAAGGCCUGGGAGCUUGGUCUUGUCAAUACACACGUGGAAGCUAAAUAUGGUGGCAUGGAUUUGGGAGUUUUGGAUAGUGCCAUCAUCUCUGAGGAAUUGGCUUAUGGUUGUACCGGUAUUCAAACUGCCAUUGAAGCCAACAACUUGGCAGAAGCGCCUCUUGUGGUCGCUGGUAACGAUUUCCAAAAGAAAAAGUACCUGGGACGUAUGACGGAAGCUCCCUUGGUGGCAUCGUACGGCGUUACUGAACCUGGUGCUGGUUCUGAUGUGGCUGGAUUGACUACUUCUGCCGUCAAGAAAUCAGAUGGCAGUUGGGUGUUGAACGGCCAAAAGAUGUGGAUCACCAACUCGGGUCAUGCUAAUUGGUUCUUUGUGCUUGCUCGUACUGACGCUAAUGCAAAUACUGGUAAGGCCUUUACUGGUUUCAUUGUGGAUGCUGAUACACCCGGUAUCACUGUGGGACGCAAGGAGAUAAACAUGGGCCAACGUGCCUCUGAUACCCGUGGUGUUACAUUUGAGGAUGUUGUGAUUCCUGCAGAAAACGUAUUGGGCUCAGAGGGUCAAGGUUUCAAGAUUGCCAUGAAUGCUUUCGAUAUCACUCGUCCUUUGGUUGCUUCUGGUGCUGUAGGCUUAGCCCGCCGUGCCAUGGAAGAAGCCACACGAUAUGCUUUGGAACGCAAGACUAUGGGCAAACCUAUUUUCAACCAUCAAGCAGUGUCCUUCAUGUUGGCUGAUAUGGCCAUUGGUAUCGAGAGCGCUCGCAUGAUGGUGUAUCGUUCUGCCUUUAUGCGUGAUAAUGGAGAGAAGAACACAUGGCACGCCAGUAUUGCCAAGGCCUUAGCUGGCGAUGUGGCAAACAAGUGUGCUGCUGAUGCCGUUCAAAUCUUUGGUGGCAAUGGCUUCAACACUGAAUACCCUGUUGAAAAGUUGAUGCGUGAUGCCAAGAUCUUCCAAAUCUAUGAAGGCACUGCACAAAUCCAACGUUUGAUCAUCUCGCGUGGUUUAGCAGAUGCAGUCAAAUCUGGUGCUGAUGCUCUUGGUGGUUUUUAG